UCAUUAGAAAAUUGAUGAAAGCUUAACAAGUUAAAGGAGUUUUGAUAUCAGAAGUAGGACUAGGAGUGGAUUACUGGUGCUUUAAAGCAAGAAUUUGAGCUUGAAUCUAUAAUUUGAGCCUAGAGGGAGAGUAGAUAAUUAUAGAAAGAUGAGGAGCAAGAGAUAUAUGGAGGACGAUGAAUUUGGAUUUCAAGAUUCAGGGAAGGUGAAAAGACCACAAAUGAAGAAAAUUUUAAAUAUAAAAGGAGAUGAUAUGGACAGUCCUAAAAAUUCUUAUAAAAAGUCCUUACCAAGCAGAGCUAGCUACACAUCAAGCAGGGCUUUAAUCAAAAAGAAGAAUAUUUUAGAGAUGCAGCCUUCUCUCACCAGCAUUCCAGCUCUAAUCUCCACUAAGAUCAAGAGGAUCUUCAAGAAGCGAGAGAAGUAUCAAGAGAAGAUAGCUAAGAUUAACAACCGUAUUUACAAUAACAAAGUAGAGAUCCGGAGCCUCAAGGCGAAGAUUUAUGACGAGGAGAUGAAAAACACCUCUUUAGAAGGAAAGAAAUUAAUUCAAGCCAAAAACUCCGAAAUUUACCUUGAAAUAUUUCCUUUUAGAGUUCCUCAGAGCUAUGACCAGUCCUUGACCAAAGAUCUUGGACUGGAGGAUACUAGCUCUAGGAUUCGAUGCUACAAUUCUGUAGCAUACUCUACAUUUACAGAGGUUGGGAUUAAAUUGGCAUCUCAAGUGAAGACCUAUUUUUACUACGAAGUUUUAGAUGGCAACCAUACCUUCUUCUCUAAGAAGUAUGAGUGGAAGCCCAAUGGUGAAUUCCAAGAUCAGCUCAAAGGAACUAAGUUCAAUUGGAAGAUCAAAACAGGCAAUGAGAGUAUCAAGAUCAGGCUAUAUUCAGAGACAGUUGCUCAAACAAACAGCUCAGUCUCCUCGAAGCCUCAGUAUGACAUUGAUGCGAGAGUCAUUGAUGAAGUUGAAUUUUCCUUAAAAUAAGAACUUGAUGUCCCUUGCACAUCAAGAGAAGAUUACUAAGUGAUUGAAAGCAGCAAAGAGUCAACUCAGAGCUCCUUUUCAGGAAUGGGACAGAAUUUUCAAGUUCACAAUUCAAUGGAUUCACAAUAUUUAUGAGUAUAAACUAAAAUAAAGAGUUCUCUAAGGCUCAUUUGCUUGAGAAAGAGAAGGAAGAUCUGAUGUCCAAGUAUAAAAAUGUGACCAAAGAGCUUGAAACUCUUCAGCAUGAGGAUGGAGUUGGAGUCUUCAAGAAGUUACUCACUCAAUCACAAAGCUUAGCAAGUUUGCCCCCACAUUCCUCUGAGGGCUAUAAGAGCAGGCUAUCAUAUUCCUCAGAUGAUGAAUGGGAAGAUCUAAAAAUCAACAAAGAUAGCAAUACAAAUUGCUCAUCCACACAAAAAAGUAAUGCAACUCAGGAAAAGUUACAGCCAGAGCCGAGUGGUAUAUCUUCAGGCAAAAGCAAAGCCUUCAAAUUCUCUCUUGUUGGCAACAUGAUGAGUAGCCUCCUUCAGAAGGAGGACUCUUCAAAGUUCUCAGAAUUGUCCCUUAACGCAGGGAUUCCAGAAGAAGAAUAAUUGCAUAUUCUUAGUUUCCUUAAUUUUCAAUAAUGCAGC